AAGAAGGAGGAAAGAGCACGGGGAAACAUGUGAGCGCUCUGAGGACUUUAGUGAGACACAACUUUUAUUUUCUUAUAUGUUUUUGUGCAAACCGCCGCGCUGUGCUCAAGAGGAAUUACAUCUGAGAGGAACGUCACAUCUCUUUUUCAGUUCACGGUGUUUUGUUUUGUUUGUUUUUGUUUUUUUGACUUUCUGUGUGUGUGUUCGUACAUCAGGAUAAAGUGUGUCAAAUAUAUAUAUAUAUUGCUAUUUUAUAUUUUUAAAUAUCAGUGUUUUACUGUAUAAUCAAAAAAAGAAACAUAAUUUAUUUUUUAAACACCUGCUUCCAUCGCAGUGAAUCACAUUUUAGGACACCUGCGUUUAACCUUUUUUUUUUGUAAUUUUCUCUUGCCGCUGCAGCUGCUGCUUAGAGAAAUAUAGCUCAAUUUAAUACACAUAGUGUACUGUAGUUCAGGUUAACGCAUCUCUCUUGCAAAGGGGAUCCACAACUAUAUCUAUUUUUUUUUCGUUGUACUUUCUUUUUAUUAUUUGACAUCAUUUUACACAUACAUAUAUUUUUUUAAAAACUAUGAAGCAUUUGCAAUUCGUGCUCGUCCUGGCCAUCGCGGUCAACGUGUGGGAAUGUGGGGACGCAAAGUUCGGCGAGAGGGGAGAGAUAAGCCCCAGGAGGAGAAGAUGCUACGACGGAAGCUUGCCCAAGCGGCUGAAGAAAAGGGAGCGAAAAGUGUUGCUUGACGGCAGCAGCAGCGGAGAUGUUUGCCACAGGUUGUAUCCCCGUGUGUCCUGCUGCCCCACCAGGAGAGCCGCCUAUCAGAUCCUCCACCGCAGGGAUGUCCGGAUUUUCUCCACCAACAAUACAGAAUGUGGACGUCUCCUGGAGGAGAUCAAGUGUGCUCGCUGCUCCCCCAAUGCCCAGGUGUUGUUCCACUCCUUGGACAUGGAUAAGAUGCCACACAGGGAGCCAGACCUGCCCCGGCUCUGCCAGGACUUCUGCCGCGAGUUCUACUACACCUGCAGGGGGCACAUACCAGAACUGUUCCAAGCUGACGUGGAUGAGUUCUGCCAAUACUAUGGGAGGAGAGACGCCAGUUUAUGCUUUCCAGAUUUUCAACGAAAGCAACCACAUGGGCAAGAUUCCAACUACUUGGGAGAUGAGAAAACAGAAGAUAUGAACAGGAGACCCAAACACAACUGCUACUGCGCCCAGGAGGUGUUGAGUGGUCUGAGGCAGCCGGUGGCUGUGGUGCACUGUGGUGAUGGUUCCCAGCGGCUCUUUGUCCUGGAGAGGGAGGGAAUUGUCAGGAUACUCAACCAUGACCUCGAGCUAAUCAAGGAACCCUUCUUGGACAUCCACAAGCUGGUGCAGAGCGGCCUGAAGAGUGGAGAUGAAAGGGGCCUGCUAAGCCUGGCAUUCCACCCCAAUUACAAGAAGAAUGGCAAGCUCUACGUCUCCUACACCACCAACCAAGAGCGCUGGGCCAUCGGACCACACGACCACAUUCUCCGUGUAGUUGAAUACACCGUUUCGAGGAAAAACCCGAACCAGGUGGACACCAGGACAGUCCGGGUUUUAAUGGAAGUGGCCGAACUCCACAGGAAGCACCUAGGGGGUCAACUGCUGUUCGGUCCCGAUGGCCUGCUGCACAUCGUCCUGGGAGAUGGCAUGAUCACGCUGGAUGAUAUGGAGGAAAUGGAUGGACUCAGUGAUUUCACAGGGUCCGUCCUAAGGGUAGACGUGGACACAGACAGUUGUACGUCACCUUAUUCCAUACCACGGAAUAAUCCCUACUUUAAUAGCACCAACCAGCCACCUGAAAUAUUUGCCCAUGGAUUACAUGACCCAGGCAGGUGUGCAGUGGAUCGACUGCAGACAGACAAUGGGAGUCUCCUAAUCCUCUGUACAGAUGCCAGUGGCAAAAACACAUCAGCAGGAAGAAUAUUGGAAAUUACUAAGGGGAAGGAUUAUGAAAAUGAGCCUUCUGUCUAUGACCUGCAGUCCAGUGGAGGAGCACCACCUGUGGGGGGGUUCAUCUACAGGGGGUGCCAGUCGAGACGACUUUAUGGCAAUUAUGUGUUUGGAGAUAAAAAUGGUAACCUCCGGAUCCUUCAGAAGUCGACAUUUUCAACAUCAGCAAGUGGUGAACAGUGGCAGGAAAAACCCCUGUGUUUGGGCUCAGCGGGCUCCUGUGGCUCUGUGCUUGUUGGACACAUCUUGGGCUUUGGAGAGGACGAACUCGGCGAAGUCUACAUACUGGCAAGCAGUAAAAGUAUGGCACAGUCACACAGCGGGAAACUCUACAAGCUGGUGGACCCCAAAAGGCCUCACGCCCCGAAGGAGUGCCAGCGUCAGGUGGAGCCACCAGAGCUGCUGAUGACGGCCUGUUCCAGACACUGUAAGAACGGAAACUGCACUCCCACUGGCAAGUGCUGCUGCAGCCCUGGUUGGGAAGGACCCUUCUGCAGAGUUGCCAAAUGUGAACCAGCCUGCCGCAACGGAGGAGUGUGCAUGGAGCCUAACAAGUGCCUGUGUAAGAGCGGCUACUCCGGCGCCCAGUGCGAGAAGAGCGAGCGCGGCAUGCCCAACGACCAGGAGAAAGACGGGAUCCUGGACCACAUCAUCGACAUGACCUCGUACUUCCUAGACCUGACCAGCUACAUCGUAUAGGGGUGCGCAGAUGGGGGCUGCUCCCCACCACCAUCCUCAAGUUGACACAAAUCUACCUAUCACCACCAGCAGACUCUUAACAAAGGUGUCUUUAGUAUGGCCUCUCAAUCCCUGUCACACACAUACACACACACACACACACACAGAUACACACAGGAUCCCCCGUCUGACUGCUUCCGAUCCACAUCACCAAACCAAGCUCUUCCUGUUCUCACCUAUAAGCUACUUGCUCUUGAGCACCAGGCCUGGCAUCCAAGCCGUGUUCACAGUUCAAAGAGACCUGCAGACGCCAGUGAGUUGAUCAACAAGCGCGACCAAGUUAUGGAGGUUCCACUAAGACUUUUUGCUCUCUUGUUCUGACCCACGCCUGCACACACAGCUGGCUCCACAGGAACAGGAACUCCACAGGAACCGACAUUGAUUCUAACCCACAGCUUUGGAUCUUUUCAGGGGGGCUAUCUGUUGCCUUACUUAAGACCCCCCCCACCCCCCCACCCCACCCCCCAAAAUGGACUUGGAGGCAUUUCAGUGGAGACAGUUGAUUAUUCAGGAGUUCAUUAAGGAUUCUGUGCUCAUGGUCCACUCAGUACUCAGCAAAAUAAAUGUCGGCUUACACAGACUUUUCUGAAGCAACACGAGUCAUGGGUCACAAAGAGUUCGCAGUGCUUUGGGUUUUUCUGUUCUAAAGGCACCGACUCCCGAAAGUCGUCUCACAUAUGAUGUUGUAUUUAGUUUGUGGGCACAUUGUCGUAAAAAGCUAAAGCAGUAUGCAGUUUGUGUACUUUGUUUUGCAACACUGACCUGCUACCAGUGUACAGAAUGGAUCCACAUCAGAGGACUGUUAAAUACACACAAGUAGUAACAACAGAGCGAGAACUUUGUCAAAGCCAGUUUCAUGCAAUCUGAAUGGAGUGGUUGGCUCCCGUGCACUGUAUUCAUGUUUUGUUUCAUGGAGUUUAUUAUUCAAAAUGAAGUUAGGCAUUCGUUUGAGGUGCAGUGAGAGUAGUUUCACAUUCACACUGCGGCAGGUGUGUGUGAAACCCAAAUUCACAACUACAAAGGGAAGAGAUACAGUAGCAUGGUGAUGUAUAUUUCCAAUAGAGCUUAUCUAAGUACUACUUAGCAUUGCAAAAAAAAAAAAAAAAGCAAAAAAAAUCUAUAGCAUUACUAUUGAUAUCAUAGAGGAGGGUUUAUUUUUUUAAGCGUAAUAAUAUAUGGGAGAAUAUGGUGUUUAUAGAAAGCAGUUUCACACUAAGCUCGUCAUUUCAUGUUGUACUUAUACAUAUGCAGCUUUUAUGAGCGACACGUGAGGACAUUUUUGUUUUACUUGUUUGUUUUUUUUGUUCUUUUGUUUUUUUUUCCCAGUGUAAAAGCAUGUCUGUGCCUGCAUAGAGUAAUUCGGAGCAGUAGUCCGUCUAACGCUUCCCUCUGACGCGCGGUUACAUUACAACUGUCUGAAAAGUGUCUCCGUUGAGAGAUGAUCUAAGAUCGCGUCGGGCCUCCAAGUCACUGUGGAAGCAGCUAAAACGCUAAGAGACAGAUCUUAUCUGUGGAGAGAAGAUUAACCUGAGGAAGAAAAUGUCAAUUGAAAACACUAAUGACUCUUAAACACAGACUGGGAUUGUCUGGAGCCACGUCAGUGUGUGUGUGUGUCUGUUCAGAUUUCAGACUAUUUACAGUACAUGCAUGCACAUAUUCUUUGAAGCCAAUAACUAAUCUUAUUAAGUGCUUUACAUUUGAUCGUGUGCCAUUUUCAAUUCCAUUAAACGAGGCAGAACCACCAGUUUGUUGUGUUUGGAGACAAACGAAUAUAGUUUUACUUCCUCCGCUUUACUUUUAUUUUGACGUGUUUCGGGUUCGAGGUCAAUUGAAGUUCAGUUUCCGUAAAUGAUGUGUUCACUGUUCGUCACUCGCUCGUGUUUGCUGUAAUAAAUCAACUCUGCCCGGUCUUCAUAAAUCAAAAUGGAAUUCAUGCUGUAAAAUGGAAAAUUAUAAUUGUUUUUAGCACUUAAUGUGAAAGUUGCAUUGUAGCUGCUGAGACGGCGUGGUGUGAAUAGAAUAACCAUUUUCAUUAUUUAAGUAGUUACACAAAUAAAAUAAUUAUUUAAGUUCUCUAUGUUGUUUUUACCAUUGUACUGUAUGUGACAUUUUUUUUUUGUAUUCCUGUAUUGUAAAUAAAACUAGGGAUAACUUUGUUUCUCUUCAGAAAUAUCAAUAUGUCUAUUAAAAUUUAUAGCAUGUAUGAAA